AUGGCGAUGUUAAACCUAAUUUUAAACUUGGCCCUUCUCACACUGAUACUUCGACUAGGUUUGACUAUUGCCCAGAUCAGUGCGCCGUCUGAAGAGAACGUGUGUGCUAAACAGGCAACCUCGAAGAAGAAUGAUGCAGAAGAAGGGAGUGAGAAACCCCGUGAUAAUUGCACCUGCGAAGUAGACGGCCAAAUACACAAAUAUCCAGAUGGUUAUCCUUGUUUGGUGUUAACAGAUGGGUACAAUGGUGAAAAUGACUAUAAGCACGGCACUUGCCAGGAUGGAAAAUGUAUUUAUACUGAGAUACCGUUCGGCUGUGAAGAUAAAGCAAAUGAACAAAAUACUGAGGUAAGAAGCUACGAAUAG